AUGUUUUCUAUAUUCAACUCACCAUGCGUUUUUGAACAACUACCAUCCUCUAGUCAGCCCGUGAACUCACGUUAUUUUGAUUGCAGUUCUCCAGUGAGCUAUUAUCCAGAAUGUAAAAGGAGGAAAGCAGUAAAAGCUAACCCAAGAGCACCCAAAAAAAGCGAUAGAAAUUGUUUCGAGACUUUAAGAUAUGCACUUGCAGAAACACCAAAUGGUUACACGUUAAGCUUAUACAAGCAAAUUCCAUAUGAGCUUUUCUCAAAAUACGUUAAUGAGAAAUUGAGUGAAUUAAAAGAGAGUCAUUACAGGCCAACUUACCACGUUGUCCAAGAUUUUUUUGGAAAUCAGUAUUAUGUUGAAGACGAAGCAGACGAAAAUGCUUUAUUAAGAUCUGCAUUUGAAGAUCUGGAUUUUAAAGCCAUAGGAAAGAAAAUUGCUAAGGACCUUUUCCAAGACUAUGAAAUAGAAUUGAAUCAUAGAGGUGAUGAAUUGAGCAUAUUGAGCAAAAAGGAUAAUAUAUUCAAAGACUUCCCUCUAGAUCAGGUAUUUGAAGAUGUUUUCGUUAUCGGUUGUGGAGUCGAAAACAUAGAUGACGACUCGAGAGAAAAAUGUGCGCUUUUGAAGAUUGGCCUAGUUAAGCAUGGGAGAGAAGAUGUUGCAUGUGACAUUAACAAACCAAAGAUGACGAUAAAGGAAUCACCAAGAGACCAAUCUGAGGGUAAUAUUGACAUGCCUGAAUCUUCCUCUGAAGAAGAAGCGGAGGAAGUUAAAGAAUCAUUAACUAAGGAGGAACAAAUAAAAAAAUGGAUAGAGGAAGAAAGACUGAUGCAGGAGGAAAGUAGAAAAUCAGAAGAGGAAAAGCUUGCCAGAGAAAAUGAAGAGAGGCAAAAGAAAGGAAAACAAGCCAAACUGAAAGCAAAGAAAGAAUCUUUAAUGAAAAAACAAAAGGCUAAGAGGGUCGAACAGAAAAAAUUACAAAAAUUUAAUUCAUUGACUACUUCGAAGAUUGAGACCAGUGACAACACUGGUUCUACAGAAAGCGAUAAUGAAAGCAUAAACAGCGAGUCGGACACAAUCUUAGACUCCUCUGUGUUAAGUAAUACACUGAAAAAACAUGUUUCACCUUUAUUGGAAGACAUUGAAGAUGAGGAAGUUGAUAGAUACAAUUGGUCCCUAAGCAGAAUUCCCAGAGGGAAUUCUAUCAUUGAGGACAUAUGA